AUGGAGCUGGAAGAUGAUAGAGACCCUUAUCCUUGGAUAAUUUGGUACAUUUGCAAGGUUAGGAAUGAUAAGCUAUUCAGAGGUAUAGAUAGGGACCCAUUGGAGCUAGUCAGGUAUGCAGAGAGUGAGUAUCAGGCCUGGUACAAUGCAAAGGAUACUAUACCUUCUCCUCCACAGGCACAAAUUGUUGAAGAAACAGAAGCCUUAAGCUUGGGUAAUAUUUGUAAGUUGGAUGUUUCUUGGACCUCCACUGCUCAAUUCAGUGGAAUUGGUUGGGUUUGGAAGUAUAGAAUAGGAAAAAUCCAACUUAUGGGGACACAUAACUUAAGGAGCCGUGAGACAUCAUUACACUCGGAACUGGAAGAGCUAAGAUGGGCAAUAGAGAGCAUGUUACAGCAUUUGACCUGUCAGAGAUUUGAGACAAAUAGCAAGGACCUGAUUGCAAUGGUAGCGGAUCCAUGA